AUGGAUAUCCAAGAUGGAACCCUUUGCAUCCUAGGCUGUGGAAACCUGGGCAUUGCCAUUCUAGACGGGUUGGUCAAUGCACCAGAGAAAUCCAAAGAUCUACCAUUUGCCCGAUACAUUGCAUGCGUGCGCAGUGAAAACUCAGAGAAGAGGCUAUCCGAGCGAUUCGCCGAGUCCUUGGACAAAAUACGAAUUUCUCGCGGCAACAAUAUACAAGCCGUACAAAACGCCGAUGUCAUUAUUCUAGGCGCAGACCCCGCCGAUAUCGAGACCGUCCUGACACAACCCGGGCUCCGCGACGCCUUGACCGACAAGCUUAUCAUCAGCAUUGCAGCCGGCUGGACAAGACAAAAUCUCGAAGCUACAGUCUACGGCAGUGCAACCACUGCCGAUAACACAGCUGGUAGAGCCUGGGUGGUGCGCACAUUACCAAACAUCGCAGCCCAGGUGUCUCAAUCACUGACGGCUAUUGAAACAUCGGAGCCCGCAUUGCCGGCAGCGUAUCUCCAGAUAACGACAUCGAUCUUCGAGCAAAUUGGCAAGGCAGUACACGUUGAUUCGAAGUUAAUGAAUGCUACUACCGCUGUCGGGGGCUCCACUCCCGCUUUCUUUGCUGUGAUUUGCGAUGCAAUGAUUGAUGCCGCGGUUGCGGUUGGUAUGCCACGGGACCUGGCUCACACCAUGAUCUUUCAGUCAAUGCAAGGGACGGCAACGAUGCUUCAGAGUGGCAUCCACCCUGCCCUGUUGAAGGAUCAAGGAACAUCCCCCGAGGGUUGCACGAUUGGCGGGUUGAUGGUGAUGGAAGAGGCUGGUGUGCGUGGGCAUGUUGGACGGGCGCUUCGGGAAGCUGUUACUUUGGCUCGUUUGAUGGAGACAACACCUCAUGUUAAUGAUACAAGACAUUGA